AUGCGAUUCCGAGCGUCUGUUGCGUCACACGAACAAAGGUUGGUGAUGAGCUUCCGGUUACCACUGGGCCGUGAGAACAGACUCGAGCUUGCUAGUGUACAUUACAGACAUGUUAUCGAGGCAAUGACAAAAGUUGACCGAGAAUUGAAACCUAUGUGGCCACAGCAUUUGCAAAAGGCAAUAUUCGAUAUCAAAGGCCUUCCUCCGCCACUUCAGUUGACAUCUGGAAAUGAUUUGGGAGGCCUCGAGCGAAGUUUGCACGCCUAUUGCGCUGCUUUCAAGGUCCAGGUUCCAAGAUGGACCAUCGAAUGGAACACUCCCUCUCAGCCCGCAUUUCGCCUUUUACCUCCUAGCGCACAACCAUAUUCUACAUUACAAUUACUUGCACUAUUCCGAGCUUUGCGUUAUAACAGUUACUUCAAGGAGCUCUCCUUCCGCAAUAUUGAUCUAUCAGGUAUCGCAGGAAAGAAGGAUUACUCCCAUUUCGGCGACACUAUCGCCUACACAUCACUGAACGGGGUCAAGAUAUCUGAAGAGCAUUAUGACAUUUUAAUGCAGUCUUCUGUUCUCAGUCAAGAGAUGCAUGCCCUGGCAUUCUCCUCGGAAUCGAUCCGAAGUAUGGACCUGAGAAAUAUUCUUGGCCCACGAAGCACCAUUGGCCGCUCCAAGGACCCUGAGGGCGCCCGGAGAGUCAGUUCCGAGGUUCUUCGGCCCAUUCUUCUGUUGCUGAAGCGUCAAGCGUGUCUUUGCCACAGCAUCACCAUGUCUGGCAAUCUCAUUGCAUCAAGUGACAUUGAGGAGCUGGCAAACUUACUCGUACUUGAUGAGGUGUACAUGAAGAAACUCGAUCUAUCUAAUUGUGGACUUGGCGAUGAGGGUCUUACUACACUCUGGGCCGGAAUUCCAGGCCAAGGCGCCAAUCUUCAGCAUAUCGAUACAUCCGAAAAUCAAGGUACGGUCAAAUUCGAAACCAUCCGGGACUCGCUUAGUCAACUACGAGCCAUAAGAAAACUGAACAUCGCUGGCAACACUCGACUCCCGUUUGAUGUUCCUUUGUUUGAGGAUCAUGUACUGAGUUCAUGGAGUCUGGAGGAGCUUGACUUAUCCGGCAUUUCUCUCAAUAGCCCAACUGUGGAUAUUCUGACUGCAUAUCUGGCGUCACAGAACUCCGAAAACCUCAGAGUGCUUCGCCUGAGUAAAUGUGGUCUGACGGGUGCUCAGAUAGCCCAGAUGUUCUAUGCCAUGGGCCAGGCUCGACAAAUUACAUUGUACAUCAACGGCAACCGCUUAGAUGAGGGCAUAGAUGAUUUGUGUGCGGUCAUCAGCGAAUGCUUUGGCCCUUGGGGACUAUUCAUGCAGAUGGUGGAGUUUGCCUUGGAAGCUAACUACAUCAAACUUUUGAAGGCAUUAACGGCUAACCGAACCAUUGAAUGCCUGAGUUUGGCGGGUACUGCUACUCCUGACUCGGCCAGCGAAACGGCCUGUAGAGCUCUUUCGGAUCUUUUCUCUCAGAACCAUACGAUUAGGUUCCUUGAUCUCUCUGGAUUUGAUGCCAAGCUGGAUGAAGGCCGUCUUGGAAGAGAAUUCUCCAAGGCUUUGAGUGGACUAAGGUUCAACACACGGUUGGAGCACCUUCGCGUGCGAAGCCAAUUGCUAAACGUGAACAUCGGAGACCUGGCUGAAGCCAUCUCUGCUAAUAAAACCCUUCACAGUCUUGACUGUGAGGGCAAUGAUUUCAAUCUUUCUAAUUUUAGACAUCUCGUCCGACAUCUAAGUGACAGUACGACGAUCCGCUACUUCUCGGCUUUCUCGGAUCGCGAUCUCGCCCAGACAAUACAAAAGUCGGUGGACAACGCCGUGGCUACGGCGACCUCGGCGCGCAGACAAUCUAUGAUCUCCAAACUGCGUCACGAAAAGGUGCCCCAAAGUAUUAGUGAGCCUCUAGCACAGCAGCUGCGAGAUGGCUGGGAAGACGCAGUCCGAACCCAACAAGAGGUUCUGGAAAGAAACCAACUCUUGUUUGAAGAAGGCGAAGAUGGUCGUUAUGACUCAGGCCAAGAUGGCUAUAUGUUAUGUGACGGUGAAGAAGACUUCUCUAAAGCAUUUGGCGGCUUAGCUCUACGGGCGUUCGAAUCCAAGAAGGCUAUGACUCGUCGCGCUUCCAACCCUUAUCUGAACAAUAAGAGAGCCAGUAUGAUCUCAUUGGGCCCGGCUCGUUUGGUCAGCGCCGAACCAGGUGCCAGAGUCACAAGGUCUUGGUCAAGAUCUUACUCAAUUGUGUCCAGUGAGGGGGGUAUCAGCGCUGCAGAGAGUCCAAGCACAGGAUCAGCGAUCCCGACACCUCCUGAGCCCGAGAGCCCCGUAGAGAAGGAGUAUCUGGUAGAGAAUCAACAAGGCGGGAACGAAGAACCCCUCGAUUACGAAUACAGCUUUGCAGAUCCGCAUGAUCCCGACUUUGGGCUUGAACUGCGAGCCCAUCGACGAUUCUGGAGUGAUGAAGCUGGCUGCAUCGAGGAAGAAGAACAUGGAGUACAGUUUGAAGAACGGCACAACUGA